AUGGGCAUGGUGACACUUCUUGCUCUCUAUUCCAGCAUGGGACUCUGGUCCAGGAUACCUCCAACAUCUGCCAGCUCCAUCAUGGUACUGUUUCUUGUGAAACAGGCCAAAGGUUCUCUGCUGGAAAAAACCACUACUGGAUGGAACAAAUAUAAACAGGAAUGCUUGAAAAUGCUGCAGGAAUCAUCUGUAGACAGUGGAAUACACUGCAAUGGGACAUUUGAUCAGUUUGUUUGCUGGCCUUACUCACCCCCAGGAAAUGUCUCUGUUCCUUGUCCUUCGUAUUUGCCGUGGCUGGAAAAUGGAAGUGUAGGACAUGUAUACAGAGUCUGCUUGGAUGAAGGGAUUUGGCAAACAAAGGAAAAUUCCACAGACAUUUGGCGGGAUAGUUCAGAAUGUUCUGAGAAAAAUCAUUUCCAAAAAAAUGAAGAAGAACAUAAACUCCUCACCACAUUACAGCUGCUAUACACUGUAGGAUAUUACUUUUCUCUCAUCUCACUGGUAUUUGCUCUAUUUAUACUUUCUUUACUCAGAAAACUUCACUGCACAAGAAACUACAUCCAUAUGAAUUUAUUUGCAUCCUUUAUCUUGCGUGCAGCAGCAGUUCUUAUAAAAGACUCUGUGUACUACAAUAUUUACUCAAAAAGGCCAAAUGAUGAAACUGGAUGGAUAUUAUACCUGAGUCCAGAGAUUGUAAUCAUUUGCAGGACUGCCCAGUUUUUCAUGCAUUACUUUGUUGGGGCAAAUUACUUCUGGCUUUUAGUAGAAGGGAUUUAUCUGCAUACAUUAUUGAUAACUGUGGUGCUCUCUGAAAGACGACUGCUGCAGACAUACAUCGUGAUAGGGUGGGUUGUUCCGAUCCUGUUUGUGGGCCCUUGGGGAAUAAGCAGAUCCAAACUGGAGAACACAGGGUGCUGGGGAACAAAUGAACACAUGGGGAUCUGGUGGAUCAUCCGAGGACCAAUGUUGUUUUCCAUUGCAGUUAACUUUGUCAUCUUCUUAAAAAUUCUCAGAAUGUUGAUUUCCAAACUAAAAGCUCAGCAAAUGAGUUUUCAUGACUACAAAUACAGAUUGGCAAGAUCUACACUUGUGCUGAUCCCAUUGCUGGGGAUCCAUGAAUUUGUAUUUACCUUCAUCACUGAUGAACAGGUGGAAGGACUUUCAAGACAUAUAAGACUUUUCAUUCAGCUGACAAUGAGCUCAUUUCAUGGUUUUUUGGUAGCAGUUCUCUAUUGCUUUGCUAAUGGAGAGGUGAAAGCAGAGCUGCAGAAGCAGUGGUCCCGUUUCCUGCUGGCAGAUCCCUUUGGCUGCAAACUCUGCUUUGUCGGGGAAAACAUAAAAUACCUGAGGAAAUGUUCACAGAAACAGAAAAAGCAGCACCUGAGCAGCAAGCAGCGCUUCUGCCUGGAGGUGAGCAAGCCCUGGGACGUGCAGCUGAAGCAGCUGCUGGGCAGGCAGAGGACAGAGGCCAGCCCAGGCCCUCCCCAGAUGAGCAUGUCGGACAGCAGCGAGGGAGAGGUCACCACCGGAGAGACGACCGAGGAAGUCUUUGAGGAAAGUGAAAUUUAG